AUGACGGCCCUCUUCCCAUCCUCCUUAUUCCUCUCCCGCGCCUACUGGCAGGCCGACCUAGACUUCACGCGCACCAACCCCAACCGGGCCCAGCACCUCCCCUUCCUCCUCCUCCUCUCCUUCGCCGCCGCCGCCGUCGACGUCUUCAGCGUGCCCUACCUGGGCGUCUUCACCGCCAACAACACAGGCAACAUCGUCUUCCUCGCCCUCGCCGCCGCCCAGCUCGCCGCCGUCGACCCGGCCGACGUCCACCCCGUCGCCGCCGUCACCUCGCUGGCCGCCUCCUGGGCCGGGUCUGCCGUGAGCGGCCAGAUCGGCAACGCCCUGGCCGCCCGCAGGAAGCGCUUCUUCGUCGUCGCCGACAUCCUGCAGCAGGCCGUGCUGGUGCGGAGCAAUGAUGGCAGCUCCGAGUAUGUCGCCGUCGCCCUGCUGUCUUUUUCCAUGGGCUGCCAGAACGUCACCACCAAGGGCAUGAACGGUCCCCCCACCAUGCCCACCCAGGUCGCCACGGGCGCCAUGGCCGACUUCUUCUCCGACCCGCGCCUGCUGGCCCGCCGGAACCGCCCGAGGGAUGAGAGGAUCCUGUUUAUCGUCGUCUUCUUUGUCGGUGGCCUUGUCGGGGGGCUGGCCUAUCGCUAUUAUGCGCCCCAGCUGUGUCUCCUGCUGACGGCCGUCUUCAAGCUCCUGGCUGGGCUCUCGCUGCUGUUCCUGCGGGUGGGCCGCGGGGCUGGUGACGAGGAGAAGGAGGCUGGUGGGUCGACCGACAGCCCGGCCGAGCAGGUCAAGGCGUGA